AUGUCUACUUUUUUCAUGGUGCAGUAAAAAGUGAUUUUCACUGUGGAAAAUUGUAUAAUCGACCCAAAUUCUAGUUGAAAAGUGUACACUAAGUGUCCGAGUAUCUUUUUCAGUUGUAGGAUUGACAAAAUUCGCCAUGAUGACGGUGGAAAAGUUCACUUUUCAGAGCACUGUUUAUGGCACCGCCCGCAUACUAUCGCAGCUCCCUUCUGUGGCGUGGACAAGGGUGGAGGUGAUUUAUCAGUACUGUCCACAGGAGAACAAUGUGGGUGUCUUUUGCUUGGACAGUCGAAAUGAAGACGCUGUGAUUGCUCUGGGAAUUUUUCUUCUGGAGAGUGGUUUGCAGCAUGAGGAAGUCAUCGUGCCGUACUUGAUAAAACUGGCCAAAGGACUGCCCAAGGCGGUGUGGAUUGACGAUGGAAAUGCACGCAGGGAGCAAUAUCGCAUUCCGGCCACGGAGAAUUUCUCUUUCUGCCUCAAUACACUGCUCACGGACGUGUCUGUGCGGUGUAUUAAGUACAGGGAGGAAAUCCUCGCCACGCAAAUUGACAUACUCAACGUUCUGGCCAAUAUCAUCAAACAGAAGAACGCUGUGUCGCCCAUGAUACUGUGCAAGGCCACAGUUCCACUGUUUCUCGGUCUGGCACGCUCAAUGGGACGCUUUACCACGACAGAUCCACCUCUUCUGUGCCGUCUCUUUCCAAAAUCCUCCACCAUGAGCGAGAAAAAGCCGCCAACCAAGGGCCAGAUGGUGCAGUCGCCCUCCAUAAACCUGGAGUGCGUGAAGAAGAAGGUCUUCUCGCAAUAUCUCCACAAGUAUUACAUUCCCUACAACGCCAAUGCUCUGUACUUCUCCAAGUAUGGCUCUAGCUUUCAGUUUCCUGUGGGGAAAGACGAGCCGGGCGACAAAACAGGCAAAAAGGAGAAGCCUCAAGAGUGCACAAUCCAAUUCCCAGUGCAGCACCUUCAGACAAUCUUCGCCAUAUCGAAGAAAAUGCUGGCCAAGGAAGUCUUGGCAUAUCUGGAUGAGCAGGCGGGCGAUGUGUAUGAAUUGAGACACCAUGGCAGAUAUUAUGGCUAUCAGUCAUUCUCAGAAACCAUCAAUCUCGUCAUUGUGACACUCUUGCGUGAACUUCUGCAGACUCAGUGUGAUCUGCCGGCACCUUUCACGCGAGAUGUGCAAGAGUUUGUGAAGGAUCUCUUCUUGAAUGGCAACACACAGCUCCAGAAUCGCCAAUUUGAUGAUUCAGAUGCCAAGUGGCGCGAUAAGAAUGCCCACUACGUCAACAAGUACAAGCUGAAUGUCCUGGCGAAUGCUGCCUGUGUGGAUCUCUUGGUCUGGGCAGUGGCUGACGAGACAGGUGCUGAUAAGCUGUGUGGCAGGCUGUAUCAGAAGCUGAAUUCUGUGCUGAACCACAAACUGGUGAUGGAUCACAUGCCACUGCUGAUGGUGUGUCUCGAGGGUUUGGGAAAACUGGCUCAGAAGUGUCCAAAUAUUGCUGGAACUUCUGUCUCUUACUUGAGAGACUUCCUGGUGAAUCCCAGCCCAAUUCUGGCCAAUCUGUAUGCAUUUACGUGUGCACAGCAGAAGAAGGACAAGGAGAUUCCCUUCACGCUGAUCGUUCAGAGUCCAGAAGCGCAAGCCUUGAGUUAUCAAUCAACAAAACCAAUGCAGAUGACAAGAGCGGCUCAGGUGGCUUUUGAGUCGCUGCGAAAUGCAGCAAUUGAGAAUCUGAGCAAGGCCUUGAGGGCAGCGCAUCUCAUGGAUCCGUAUUGUGUGCCGGCACUCGUGGCAAACGUAUCUAAUCGUCUCUUCACGGCGGAGAAACAGGGAAAUGACUCAAAGGACUCAUCGUCGAUUGUUUCCCUGAAUAUCAUCGUGAUGCUGGGCCAGGUGGCUGUGACACUGAAGGAUACGCCCAAGACCACUCAUAGCAUCCUCCAGUUCUUCAUUCAGCGCUUCUGCAAGGUUCCGUCGGAGCAGAAUGUGCUUAUUGUGGAGCAACUUGGCUGCAUGAUUGUCUCCAAGUGUGAACCGGAUACCUUCGAAGAGAUCAUGAAGAUGUUCUCCCGUGUCACUGUACAAUCCGCCUCACUGGCCUACACUACCAAUCCUGAGCAUCGGCGCCAGUACCACAAUGUGUCAGAUGCGAUUGUGAAUGCGCUGGGAAUGAUUGCGGCCAACAUCGAGGGGGAGCUGGAGAUGCUGGAUCUGCUGGGGAAGAUGCUGGAGCUGUUCGUGCAGAUUGGCCUGGAGGGUGAGAGGAGUUACGACAGCACGCCAGGUGUGCAGAAAGCGAGCUCCAGUGCGGGAAAUCUGGGCAUGCUAAUUCCCGUGAUUGCCAUUCUCGUGGAUCGCCUGCCGCCGAUCAGGAAUCCGAAGCAGAGGCUGCACAAGUUGUUCAAGGACUUCUGGCUGUACUGUGUUGUGAUGGGAUUCACAAAUUCACGCCUGUGGCCGUCUGAAUGGUGUCACGGUGUGCAGAGAAUUGCCGCCAAGUCACCACUGCUGAUCAGUCAGACUGCGUACAGGUCGGAGAUGAGGGAGUUGAACUACACGUCAGCUGUGAAGUCGGACAGUGUGAGUCUGAAUGAAUUGAGGAGUCAAAUUCUGCUGCUUCUUGAGCAUCCCACCGACGUGGCGGCAAUCAUUCACAAGCUCACCUUCCCACAAUGCACAUAUCUGUUGAGUGUCUACUGGCUGGAGACGCUGCGCAUUGAGAAUGCCAAGGAGCCGAGUCUUGAGCUCAUCUUCAGCUAUCUGUGUGAUUUGGCACUGCAGAAGGACAAAUCGGGCAUUUGGCAGUGCAUCAAGUGCAUUGGCGAUCAGGUGUUUGAGAAGUUCUGCAAUGUGCUGCUGCUGCAAGACAACUUGAGGGAAAAUGUGCUGGAGAGUCAAGCCAUCUUGCUGCUGGUGUACUUCAAUCACACACACAAGCAGAUUCAAGUGGUGGCCGAUCAAUACUUGUCACAGUUUGUGGACAAAUUCCCGGACUUGCUGUGGAAUCGACGAUUUCUCUGGUGCAUGCUGGACAUUCUGCAGUUGCUCUCUUUCUCCCUGUCACUGAAUCCCAACGAGGAGUCACCGAGUCUCAAGGUUCAGGGCACACCGUACACACUGCAGCUGAUGGACAGUCUGCCCGCGCGGGAGGGACGCGUGAAGGACUUCGCCCACCGAUGCCAGGGAAUCUUCAAUGAGGCCAUGAAGUGGGCGCCAAAGCUCAUCAGAAGUCAUCUGCAGGAGUAUCCCAACAAUCUCAAUAUCUCCUCAUUGAGCAAUCACUGCGGUCUGGCGCUGGCUUUCGAGUCCAUCCUCCAGACCAGCAUUGUCAAUUCACCGGGAACUGUGGCAACUGGCGUGAAUGCCAAGCGAUACAACACGCCCAGCACGAAUGACACGUCACAGUUCGUGUCGGUUCUGUGUCUGCGCAGCAAGUAUGCUGGAGAGAUCUCAGGGCUGCUGUCGGUGUUGAAUGACGAGGAGAAGCAGGGCCUGGCGGAUCGACUGAUUAGAGAUGUUUGGGAGGCGUGCAAGGAGAAGUGCGAUAUCAAGCAUCGAGGAGCAGUCUGGAGGGCGACAGCUUAUCUAAUCCUCUGCUCGGGUCUCAAUAGAAAGCUCAUUCAUGCAGUUUCCUCAUCGCAAGUGGAACUCUUCACAGAAUCCUCCGUGACCACGGCGAUUGAGUGUUGGCAGUGGAUUGUCACAGCACGUCAGGAUCUCGAGCUGUGUCUCAUUCAGGAGAUGAUAAGUGCGUGGCAAGCGACUUUCGAGAAGCGCUUAGGCAUAUUUGCCAAGGAAGAUGAGAUCAUGAGUCCAAUGCUGAUGUCUGAUGCCACGGAGAUUGCUUCGCUGCAGAUGAACGUGACUCCACAUGCCAUCUGGCUGCAGCUGCUGUCGGAAAUGGUGGACACGGCGAAGUACUGUAACAGGGACAAAGUGGAGAUGUUCUGCCUGCUGCUGCAUCGAUGUCUGCCCAUUGGGACACGAGAUAUGCGAUUGAAUCACAAUAUUGCCGCUGUGGGAUGCAGAUUCAAGUUGCUACAGUGUGGCUUGUCGCUUCUGCAGGGAAACACCAUUGCCAAGUCAAUGGGGAGGAAUAUUCUGCGAGAGCGGAUUUAUAGUUAUGCCUUGGAUUACUUCUGUGGUCCACAGAUAUCGCCAACGCAGACGAGGAAGGUACUUUAUGAUGAUAUUCUGGUGUUGUUGAAGUUCUGGCAGACAAUGAGGAGUGAGAAGAAGUAUUUGGUGUCGUCUGAGUUGGUGGAUUUGGACACGACGGGUCAAUUUCCCACAACUUCAUCAUCCACGAGACCAUUGAGUGAGGUUUCUGUGGCCGGGAGUGAUUUGGCCAAGAGCAAUAGCACAGGAACUGGUGGAUGGUACAACACAAUUCCCCACUCAACAUCAACACUGUCCAAGAAGUCAACGAGGAGCAAGAGGAGUCCCUUCCAGAUCGAUGACACCAACAAGGAGUACAUGAAGAAGAGGAACUUGAUCAUGGAUUUGCUGGCUCUGGAGAUUGAGUUCCUCAUAACGUGGUACAAUCCCACCUCGGCGCCGGAUCAUGUCAUUCCCGGUGAAACAAUGAUCAGCGAGUGGAGAGCCAGACCGACAAAGGUGCAUAUUUGGCGUGAUCAUGCACGCGUGGCGUGGGCUCACAAUCCAGCUCUCGGCAUCUAUUUGAUUCAGAGGAUUCGCAAUGACGACAGUGUAAUCGAUGAGAUAUCGCGACUGGUGUGUCAGGAUCCCAUUCAAGUGGCGCAUCUGCCGGAGGCCAUCAAGUACUUGGUGACAACGAAGACUCUCCUCAGCGAAGUGCCGGAACUCGUGCAGAUGCUCUCGUGGAGUCGCGUGGGUCCCAUUCAAGCCAUGUCAUACUUCUCCAGACAGUAUCCAUUGCAUCCGCUGUCGGCUCAGUAUGCCAUCAAGUCCCUGAACUCCUGUCCGGCCAAUUCAAUUCUGCCGUACAUUCCGCAACUCGUGCAGGCGCUGCGAUAUGACACAAUGGGCUACAUUGCGGAGUUCAUCAAGCACAUCUCCAAGAGAUCACAAAUUGUGGCUCAUCAAUUGAUAUGGAACAUGCAGACGAAUAUGUAUGUGGAUGAGGAUCAGCAUCACAAGGAUUCUCUCUAUGACACACUGGACGCUCUGACGCAGAACAUCAUAAACUCCUUCUCAGGUGCGGCAAAGAGCUUCUACGAGCGUGAGUUUAGCUUCUUCAGCAAAAUUACAGCUGUGAGUGGUGAUAUUCGGGGCUUCCCGAAGGGUCAGGCGAGGAAGAAGGCGUGUCUGGAGGCGCUGAGCAAGAUUAAAGUGCAGGCCGGCUGCUAUUUGCCCUCCAAUCCCGAAGCAAUGGUCCUGGAUAUUGACUACAACAGCGGCACACCGAUGCAGAGUGCCGCCAAGGCACCUUAUCUGGCGCGAUUCCGCGUGCUGCCGUGCGGAAUCUCAGAAUUUGAGUCGAUGGUGAUGGAAGAGCAGAGCUCAGUGGGCUUGAGUCAGACGGAGGCAUCGACAAAUGUGUGGAAAGCAGCUAUCUUCAAGGUGGGCGAUGAUGUGAGGCAGGAUAUGUUGGCACUGCAGGUGAUUACGAUCUUCAAGAACAUCUUCAGACAAGUUGGACUUGAUCUCUUCCUUUUUCCCUAUCGCGUGGUGGCCACGGCGCCGGGAUGUGGAGUGAUUGAGUGUGUGCCGAAUGCCAAAUCGCGAGAUCAACUGGGAAGACAAACAGAUUCCGGGCUGUAUGAGUAUUUCCUGCAUCAGUAUGGCGAUGAGACUGGUCGGGACUUCCAGACGGCGCGCAGUAACUUUGUGAAAUCAAUGGCGGCGUACUCGGUGAUUGGAUAUCUGCUGCAGAUCAAGGAUCGUCACAACGGAAACAUCAUGAUUGACACGGAUGGCCACAUAAUUCACAUUGAUUUCGGCUUCAUGUUUGAAUCGUCACCCGGUGGGAAUAUCGGCUUCGAGACUGACAUGAAGAUCACCGAUGAAAUGGUGAUGGUGAUGGGUGGGAAGAUGGACGCACCGGGAUUCCGGUGGUUCUGCGAACUCUGCGUGCAAUCCUUCUUAGCUGUGCGUCCCUAUCAAGACGCUAUUGUCUCUCUGGUGUCGCUCAUGCUGGACACAGGACUGCCGUGCUUCCGCGGGCAGACCAUCAAUCUGCUGAAGCAGAGAUUUGUGCCCAACAAGAGCAACAAGGAAGCAGCAGCUCACAUGUUGGCCAUCAUUCGGAACUCAUAUCAGAACUUCCGCACGCGCACGUACGACAUGAUCCAAUAUUACCAGAAUCAGAUACCCUACUAAACUACCCAGCGAUAUGCAACAUAUAUUUAUCGAAUUGUGAUUAGGAAAUCUUAGGAAAAAUCAGUGUAUUUAUGACAAUUAUUAUUGUGGGCAAAUGAAACCGUUGAAUGUUCAAAA